ACCGUUCAUUCAUCAUUUACUUGACAUGUAAAUACGACCUUACUUCCCCACUUACCACCAUCUCCCUUUGUCGUAUUCAGCGAUGGCCUCGACUUCUUCUUAUUUCUUUCGCGAUCCUCAGGCUGUCCUGGACGAUAUAAACUAUCAGUUUCAGCUCGAGCCCAGUACUUUAAUUGGUCUCGCCAAGACUUUCCUCGAGGAAUUCAGACUUGGUCUCUCAAAUUAUGGGUACCCGAUGGCGAUGAUUCCUACAUUCGUCACCGGUGUCCCAGACGGAACAGAAACAGGGACCUUUCUCGCUCUUGAUCUAGGAGGAACAAAUUUGCGCGUCUGUGAAGUCGUUUUGAACGGUGACAAGACAUUUUCCCUUAGGCAGCAGAAAUACAAGGUCUCAGACACCCUGAAAACUGGAGAAGCUUCGGUAUUAUUUGACUACCUUGCUGAUUCCGUCGAUGCCUUUCUGACCACCCAUUCUAACGACUCUGUCCCAUCAUCCGGCGAUUCCCCAGAUGUCCUUCCCCUUGGAUUGACAUUUUCUUUCCCGGUUGAGCAAACUGCGCUGAAUUCCGGGAAAAUCCUCACAUGGACCAAAGGUUUUGCCGCUAAACAUGCUAUUGGCAAUGAUGUUGUGCAGCUGUUGCAGGACGCAUUUGACCGGAAGCACAUGCACGUCAAAUGCGUCGCGCUGGUAAACGACACUGUUGGUGCCCUUCUCUCACGUUCAUAUACUUCUGGCGGUUGUAUGCUAGGGAGUAUUUUCGGAACAGGAACCAAUGGCGCAUAUGUUGAGAAGGUCAGCAACAUCACCAAGUUGGGAAACUCUCCUGCGGUCGCAAAGGGCGGCGUAAUGGUCGUGAACACGGAAUGGGGCGCGUUUAACAAUUCACGAACUCAUCUUCCUUCCACUCCCUACGACAACACGCUGGAUCGGCAGUCUAUCAAUCCCACGUUCCAAGCUUUCGAGAAGUUUAUUUCUGGCAUGUAUCUUGGGGAAAUUACGCGUCACAUCUUGCUUUCACUGAUUGACGCCGCGCCAAAACCCAUCUUAUUUGGCGGCAAAUCAACGGCAUCACUGAACAAGCAAUGGGGCAUUGACACGAGCGUGAUGAGCGACGUGGAGACCGCCUGGGAAAGUACAAAGCACACAACGGAGAACCCGACACCCAAAUUCUCCGACUUUAAAGAUUCCGAGUUAGACGAGAAGACAAAGGCCAAGCUGCAGGCUAUACGGUCUGUUCUUAUUAGUCGAUUAGGAUACAAAGAGGAGGAUGUUUGCCUUCGCGAUGCAGCGAUUGUGAAGUGGGUUUGCACACUCGUUGCUCGACGCGCGGGACUUCUUAGUGGUGUCGCCGUUGCUGCUGUCCUUCUACAAACCGAGAGGGCGACUUUUGCUGAUGCCCAGACAAACGGAGUACCGGACAACUCGGAUGAACACUUCAAAGUUGGUGUGGACGGAAGCUUGGUUGAAUUCUAUCCUCACUUCGAGAAGAUCAUGCGCGAAUCUAUUCGGAUUAUUGUUGGGGGUGAUGUGGAAAAACGAGUGGAAAUUGGUAUGGCCAAAGACGGCAGUGGUGUCGGCGCCGCAUUAUGUGCUCUACAAGCUACUAAACAGCAAUAAAUCUAACUAACGGCAUACAUUGUCGGAAUACUGUACUCGUAUUAGAGACGUACACGUAAGUGUAUUACUGUAUUAUAACCUCUUGGACAUGCUGCUAGGGAACAAAUUUAUUGAGGGAGAUUAACUGCGUCAAUGCUUGAGAUCUUGAGAGGUGGAUUGUUUGCUCUAAACCCGGCAAUGUCUGAUCUUCCAGUGGCCGGGCUGCAGAUGCCUGGGAUUUGAUACACAUAAUAACACAUUCUCGAGAGUUCAGUUAACGCCGGUUCGUUAGGCUGCGUAAAUAUUUAGUAUUUACAGUUCGUUUAUUUACGCAAACACACUAUGAGUUAUGGGU